AUGUUACCAAGUGGUCACGAUGUCCAAUCUACAAGGUUCAUCAAGGACGAAACCUGGGGAUCAUGUCCAAAUUACCAAGAUGCUUUUAGCCAUGCACUCUUGUGGCCCAACAGCAUCACAGAAGCAAUAAUUGCCUCUCAUUAUGUUGCUGUAGACGAUGGGAUUUAUAUCGCACGCGGCAUGGAGAUAAGACUCAGGAACACCCAAGUGGGUUGUGUUCUGCAGAUGCGAGUGAGCGACAAGGGUUCUUUGGCUCAAACCCACGAUCUUGAAUCUCAGGCCGAAGAGGCCAAGAAGCCGACCAUCCAGUCAAAAAAUUGA